CUGCAGCAUGACCCUGUAAAGAUGAGGAGCCGAUAAGAUAUAGGAAGAUAACGAUAACAAAGCAGCAGGAGGACGAGAACCCGUACCAUCUGCAGCCAAUGAGAGAGGUUCCUUGGAUAUGGAUGUGAGUGGGAGGAAAGACAUGAAGUCAGUGAAGGUUUCUGAAGGGGUCAACAUGACGAAACUCAAAUAUCAAAGAGAAACUGAAACACUGCUUGGCAGACUUCAUCUUCAAGACAAACUACAACGGAAACUGUCACCAGCAGACUUUCUUAAAGUAGGUCCACCUGUGAAACAGAACAAUGAAGUAUCUGAGAAAGAUGUAGCUUAUACCUUUCUUCAGAGGUUGAUGAUGUUAGACUACCGAGCCAGAUAUAUUCCUGUAAGACAAGACAGUCCUGAGGUGAGCAACUCAACCCUUGUUAGAGAGGUAUUUCCUGAGGGUACUGACGAUGAUGACUUUGAUGCUUUUUGCAGCACCAAUAGUGUCUUUGAUCAAUCUAAUCUCAGGACUCACGUCCAUCCAAUGGAUGUUCAGAUGGCAGUGUUUCAUUGCUCAGACAGCUUUUUUAAACAGAAAAUGAUAACAAAGCUCUCCCAGUGUCAGUAUGCCUUACCUUUGCUUGUUCCUGACCAAGUAACAAUGGAUAUUGAAUGUCCUCUGUGGACAUUCAGACAAAUAAGAAAGACAUGGAAGAUGUCAGAGAUGAAAGAUGACUCAAACGUGGUCACCAUGAAGAGUAUGCCCAUCUGCAAAGCUGAGACACCCAUGGUCUCAUUCCUCCGCUUGGGUUCACCAUCUCUGUCUAAAUCUCAGCUGAUGAACACUUUGAUCAACGAUCGUCACAACACCUUCUUCCACAGAAACUGCAAAGGUAGCACCAAGUCUCGCCACCUGAUGGAUGGUGUUGCAGAGAUUGCCUGGUACUGCCCCGCUGGGAAACCCAACGAUGCCUUCACUGACUGCAUCGCCUUCUGUAAUCUUCGUGGCGACGCUCUGUUGUUUGAAAAACAGCGUGAAAUACUGACUGACAAAUCUUCAGUCAAUGUGGUACUUGUACCAACAAAAAAUGAUAAAAACAGUGCAGUGAUCUUGGCCCUUUACAACGGUGCAAAACCUCUCAUUUGUCUCUUUGCUGAUAGCGAUGGUGGUGCUGUGGAGAUGAGAAAGGGAAAAUACAAAAUGGGUUUGAACAACAGAAGCCAGUCAGAAAUAUCUGAAGAACUGAGAAAAACUAUUGGGAAGAUUUUGUCUGGAUCUCAUUCAUUCUUUCAGCUUGAAUCCAUGAAUAAAGUUUGUGGAAUCAAAGUGGAUGAAGUAGACACAGUCUGCCAAAAAGGGAAAUCUGCAGCAAUGAAAAUUGUGGACUUGCUUAAGGGGAUAGAAGUUUCAAAGAUCAAAGAUACAUAUCUCCCUUGUCAAGGUCAACUGUGGAAGGAAUGGAGCAAAAUCCACACAGAACUGUAUCGCCUCAAAGGAAACAUUGAGGAUGACAAAGUUCAAAAGGAACAGAAACUGAUGGAAAAACGACAAGAACAAGUCAAUGUUUCCUUCAGUGAACCAAUGAAAAUGUUCAUUGAAAGCCUCUCAACUUUGUCGGGAAAUGAAAAAGAUUAUUUCUUGAAAUGGACUCAGAUCUUAAUAGAUGCCCUCUCCACAGACAACCUCUCUUCAAUUCUCCAAACCUAUGAUACAAAGUGGAAUGAGGUCUUGGCCUUGAAGAAGAAGCAUGACAAGACUGAACUUCUCAAAACAAAACAAACUGAGCUUAAUAAAAUAUCAACAAAACUACAGUCAGCCACUUUUGGCUUGGAGCACAUCUUCAGAGAAAUGGGACAGAUCUAUGAAGCCCAUGAAUCUCUACAGAAACACACAAAGAGUGGACCGACUGACUGGUCUAAAUACCCUGAGCUGGCUGCAGAGCUGAUGAUAUCAGGACACCCAAUGGAGCUGAUGGAUGGUGAUGCAGGUCAUGUACCUCUAACAUGGAUCGCCGGUGUUUUAGAGGAAGUCAUCAAGAAAGUUGGCGACAAGAGGGUCUUUGUUCUGUCAGUGUUAGGCAUACAAAGCAGUGGAAAAUCAACAAUGCUGAACGCCAUGUUUGGGUUACAGUUUGCAGUGAGUGCUGGCAGAUGCACCAAGGGUGCCUUCAUGCAGCUGAUCGAAGUGUCCAAGGAGAUGAAGAAAGAUUUUGAGUUUGACUACGUACUAGUGGUGGACACUGAAGGACUGCGUGCUCUUGAGUUGGAAGGUAAUGCCACUCUUCAUCAUGACAAUGAACUGGCAACAUUUGUUGUUGGUCUGGGUAACAUGACACUGAUCAACAUCUUUGGAGAGAAUCCUGCUGAGAUGCAAGAUGUUCUGCAGAUUGUUGUUCAGGCUUUCAUGAGGAUGAAGAAGAUUAAACUUUCUCCAAGUUGUGUGUUUGUUCACCAGAAUGUUACAGAUAUUGCUGCUGCAGAGAAAAACAUGGAUGGAAAGAGACGGCUCCAAGAAAAACUGGACGACAUGGCCAAACUAGCAGCCAAAGAAGAGGAUUGUGAUGCAGAGUUCUUCAGUGACGUCAUUGCAUUUGAUGUGCAGAAAGAUGUGAAAUACUUUGCCCAGCUUUGGGAGGGAAGUCCACCUAUGGCUCCUCCGAAUCCAGGUUAUAGUGAGAGUGUCCAAGAGCUGAAGACCAUCAUCCUCUCCAAAGCUAAAGAGUGUGCUGGGAUCACUCUGUCACAGUUCAGAAGCAAAAUUCAGGACCUGUGGAAAGCCCUGAUGAACGAACAGUUUGUUUUCAGCUUCAAAAACACACUUGAAAUAGCAGUGUACAGAAAGCUUGAGGUUGAGUAUGGAAACUGGACCUGGAAACUGAGGAGCAACAUGCUAGACAUUGAGAACGAGCUUCAUACCGAAAUUCAAAAUAGAAAACGUGAAGCGGUUGAACUCACUUACCUUCAGCAAAAAGUGAACACAACCUAUGAAGAAAUCAAAAAAGAAAUGAGAAAAUACUUUGAUGAUGACAGAGACAAAGACAUGUUGGUUCAGUGGCGAGGUCGAUUUGAACACAAAAUCAAAGAUUUUAGUGAUGAACUAGUGAAAGGAGUGAAAAGAAAACUGGAUGAAGUCAUCCAGCAGAAAAAGGCUUGUAAAAAGCUUGAUGACAAGAAGACAGAGUUUGAGAACAACCUGCUACAAAAAAGCAAAGAACUCGCUCAUAAGUUGAAGGACAUGGCAAAAAAUGAACAGGAACUUGAAAAGCAGUUCAACUCUGUCUGGAGUGGCUUAGUUAAACAACUAACCGCAGAUACAAGACCUAUUGAGAACAUCAACUAUGAUAAAGAUCAGUCAACUGUCCUUCAGAACCUUGGUUUUGAAUGGUCUCUUGUUAAUGAAUGCAAAAUGAGUGGCAAGUACAAAACAAUGUCACUUGCUGGUGAUUUAAGUCAUUAUGUCUCCUUCACUACAAAAAUAAAAAAAUUAUUCAUGUGGCCUUUUCAGCCACUGAUCAAAACCCUGAUUGAUGAUGUUGAAAAACAGACCAUAAACCAAAUCAAGGAAAGACCCGUUGCUUCAACAGGCUACAGUUUAACUUACCUGCAAGAAGCUGCCAACACUGUAAAACAAAAAGUGACUGACUUUGAAUCAAAGAAGAAUUAUGCUCUAAAGAAGGAGUUCACAGUUGAUCUCUCGCUGUAUAUAUUUCACAGAGCAUGGACAUGGCUUUCAAAAUCCCACAAGGAAUUCAAAAUGAACAAUGAUGCACAUUCUUAUGUAGACAGCAAGAAAAUGCAAUAUUACAGAGUUUUCCUAAACUUCUGCAAAGGAAGCGCAUCUGCUGUUGUGCUUGGAGAACUGAUCUGUGACAAGCUGAAGAGAGCCGUUCUCGAGGCCGUCUCCAACAAGGUCGCCAAAGAUCUAACUGAUACCAUGAAGAGCAGUUACCCAGCAUUCAAUGGGAACAGGUCAGACUUGGAGAAACACAUCUUGAAGUCACUUGCAGAGAAAGGGGACUUCAAUAGUUUUAUUACUUACAUCCAACAACCAAGGAACCAUACAGAGACGUAUAUAAGAGAAGAAGUACAGAAAUACAUCUCCACAAAAGAGGGAAAAGAGACGGGCAUGAAAAUACUCAGGAAAAAUUUGGACGACAUCAAAAAUCUUGUGAGUAUAGAUUUAUAUAAUGCAACAGAGAAAGUGAAAACCUGCGGAGGAGACGCAAACAUGUGGAUGGAGGAAUUUUCCAGUUUGCUUCAAGCUAAGCUAACAUUCAACACCAUCUGCUGUAAAAACUUCAAUGACUUGAACAGUUUUGACUUUCUCAAAGAAGGGAUAGAGGAAGGUCUUGAAUCCAUCGUAAAGGAGCUGAGAAGCCUCUCACUGGAUGAAAUGCAGGAAUCCAGGAUGAAGCCUGAUCAAAUCCUCAUUGAUCAGCUUUGUAACUGCUGCUGGGUAAAGUGUCCAUUCUGUGCAGCUGUUUGUACCAACACACUGGAAGAUCACAGUCCUGACAAACAUAAAGUCACUUUCCAUCGCCCUGCUGGGAUUACAGGAUGGAACUGGAAAGGCACAAAGGACCUGGACAUUGAUUUCUGUACUACAUCUGUUGCUAGUGAUAUCAGUUUCAUUCCCAUUUCUGAUUCAGAAGUCAGCUUUCCUUAUAAAAAGUAUCAAACAGCUGGGGAGAAAUACGCUUCAUGGGAGAUUACUCCUGAUGAGUCAAAACUGGCAUACUGGAAAUGGUUUGUCUGCAAAUUUCAAAAGGAACUGGAGGCCCACUACAACAAGAAGUUCCAGGGCAGAGGAGAAAUUCCCAGUGCUUGGAAAAAUCACACAGAACAAGAAGCUAUUGACAGUUUGGAUAAAUUGUAAAACUUCUUAGUGAGUCAGAAACAACCAAGCUCUACUUGAGUGACAGAUCCAGCCCAGCAUGUUUUCAAAUGGCAAUAACAAAAAUCUGGAUGAAGUUGUUCCAAAAUGAAUGAAACGGAACCUGUUCAUUAUUGCGUCAUUAUAAAAAUUGUGAUUUCCUUUUUACAUUAGUACCGAAUUUUCCUGAAACAAAGAAAACUAUUUACGUGUUUGUUAGUAAUAUUAGGAUGAUUUCAAUUUAUUUUAGGUGAAUAUUUAGAAGAAAAAUGUUCAAAGUAGAAAUGAAACUGGUGUUUCCAAGUUCUAACAUAUUAAGGGGAUAUUUUUACGAUUGUACUUUUAUGUGAAAAUGUCAUCAAACAGACAUCACUCAAUACUGUCUAAAGUCUUAUGCUUUUCUGAAGAUAGCUGAUCAAUGUGUAAAACUAUUAAGAGUUCAAGUCACUUUUCCAUCAACAGUUGACAAACUAUGCUUCAAAAUAGAUUUUAAAUGUAUGAAAAAUAUUGUUCACCAUUUAGCUUUUUGGGUCCAACUUUUCUGACUUUUUCUUUACACAAAUGUUUCAAUAUUCUUAUUUUGUAUUAGUUUGUGUGCUUUUUGUUAAGAGAUUGAUGCUAAGUGCCAAUGCUCAGAUACGAGUGUUUAAAACCCUUCAUUAAUUUUGUCAUAGAUAAACAUCAUUGUUUUACUUACUAUUACUACUCAUCUUGGGAUUGGUUUUGUUAUUUGAUAAAUAAAACCUGUUAUUGCUGCACUGCAUUGCAUGUUUUAUAUUCACAAUUACCAACAGAAAUAUCAGUCUGUCAAAAGACAAUAGAAUUGUCUUUUUCUGUAAAAAUGGAAGUUUGAAGACUAGAUUUACUCUUGCCACGGAUGGAAUUUACAUAGAUUACAUUUAUAUAACCCAAAAUAACAAAUUGUGUCAAAUGGGUCUGUGUAAGGGGCUGAGGGUAAGAGUAAUGGAGGGAGUAUAUAUUCCAGCCAAAGGCCUUCCACCUACAAUGAGGAAUCGAGAUCAGGUGUGCCAAGACACACACAUGGACCUCAUCUCCUCAUCAAGGAGAAAGAUGGCAGGGAGAAGGCAGCUCGGGAAGAGAACCCGCUAAGUCGGAUAGCGGCCCUGGGGUGCUUACGUUUAAUUUAGCUUGGCGAACACCGGAAAUGCGCUUGGUUAUCUGUUUUGUCACAUUGUUUUAUUAAAAAGAAAGAAGAUAC